GUGUAUCUCGUGGGGACGCCGCGCGUUUGCCCUGCCACACCCCGGGGGGGUCCUUUGUGUUUCACGGCGGGACCACGCCCCUCUCCCCCGUGAAGGUACCCAUUCCGCUGUCUUCCGCUGGAGAAGCAGCUUCGUUUCGCCAUUGCCAAUCCCGGAGAGAGUUUGGCGGAACAGGUGUCAGGUGUGAAGUUGCUGGGCUGGGGUGGGGAGUGAGAAAGGGGCGGAGACCGCAGUCCUUGCCGGAGGGUCCCUGCAGAGUGCUAGCUAGCUGUGGUCCUGAAAACCCUCCGCUCCUGUCGGCGCUUCAGGCUCCUGACACCAGAUCGAACUCUCUGUUACUGCUUUUCUUCCUGCUCAGAAGCUUGUCUGCCGGACUUUUUGAAAUAACUGCUCCUGAGUAUGACUGUGGACAAGGCACAUGCCCUCGCUGGGUUCCAGCUGCUGCAAGUGUGAAGUGAGGUCAGGGAGGAACAGAUGAUGGGUCACCACGUCCUCUGCCAGUGACAACAUGAAGUGAAUCUGGGUGUGUCCAAUCAGGGCACGAUAGAAGGUGGCUGUCAUCUCAGCCUGGGCACUGUACUUCCAGAUCUGAGAUUCACUUGUCUGGCAGCCACAUCUGCUGACUCAUAGACCCCAAAGUCCUCGUGUGAAUUGUUAGGGUCGAUCUCCCUCAUCCUGUCUCUAUAGCCCCCUCCCCUUUUGUCUAAACAGUAAAGUAAGUAUGCACCUAGUUCUGUUAUAUACAUCUGUAAGAUAAAAACCAGGUUUUUUUUUCAGUUUGUCACAAGAUUCUUUUAUAUGUUGAAUCUACCAUUUCAUGCAUUGACUAUCCCCGGAACUUGUGGACAUCAUUGAGUUUGAUCAGGUCUUCAGCAUCCUCUUUAAGACCUUCCCAGAAGUGUGGCUCAGUAAAGAAACAUACAUCGCACCACCACACGCCUCCCUCCAAACAACUCUCUCCCCAGUAACCAGCGGUGGAGGGUUUAGGUGCCUAGGGGAGGCACACGGUCCAAGGUCCUUUUGCUCUCGGAGGAUGGGCAGAUCCUGGCAGAAGCAGAUGGACUGAGCACAAACCACUGGCUGAUCGGGACAGACAAGUGUGUGGAGAGGAUCAACGAGAUGGUGAACAGGGCCAAGCGGAAAGCAGGGGUGGACCCUCUGGUGCCUCUGCGAAGCUUGGGCCUGUCCCUGAGCGGUGGGGAGCAGGAGGACGCGGUGAGGAUCCUGAUAGAGGAGCUGAGGGACCGAUUUCCCUACCUGAGUGAAAGCUACUUAAUCACCACUGAUGCCGCUGGCUCCAUCGCCACAGCUACGCCAGAUGGUGGGAUCGUGCUCAUCUCUGGCACAGGCUCCAACUGCAGGCUCAUCAACCCCGAUGGCUCUGAGAGUGGCUGCGGUGGCUGGGGCCACAUGAUGGGAGAUGAGGGCUCAGCCUACUGGAUUGCACACCAAGCAGUGAAAAUAGUGUUUGACUCCAUUGACAACCUAGAGGCGGCUCCUCAUGACAUUGGCUACGUCAAGCAGGCCAUGUUCAACUAUUUCCAGGUGCCGGAUCGGCUAGGAAUCCUCACCCACCUGUAUAGGGACUUUGAUAAAUGCAGGUUUGCUGGGUUUUGCCGGAAAAUUGCAGAAGGUGCUCAGCAGGGAGACCCCCUGUCGCGUUACAUCUUCAGGAAGGCAGGGGAGAUGCUGGGCAGACAUGUUGUGGCCGUGUUGCCUGAGAUUGACCCGGUCCUGUUCCAGGGGGAGAUUGGCCUCCCCAUCCUGUGCGUGGGCUCCGUGUGGAAGAGCUGGGAGCUGCUGAAGGAAGGUUUCCUUUUGGCGCUGACCCAGGGCCGGGAGAUCCAGGCUCAGAACUCCUUCUCCAGCUUCACGCUGAUGAAGCUGAGACACUCCUCUGCCCUGGGCGGGGCCAGCCUAGGGGCCAGGCACAUUGGCCACCUUCUACCCAUGGACUACAACGUCAAUGCCAUUGCCUUCUACUCCUACACCUUCUCCUAGGGGGCUGCUUCUGGCUCCACCCUCUCCAAGCCCAGUGGACAUUGGGUGCUGGAGGAGAGGAGUCUUUUUUUUUUUCUUUUUUAAACACAUAGAAGAAAAUAAACGCACUUUACCCACUUC